UAUCUACGGCAACGUUUACAAAUGGAGUAAGCUCAAUGGCUAGCUUAUUUUAUUGUCGAGCAAGGAUAAUCUUCACUUCUUCAAUAUGACUUCGAGUGGUAGAUCUACACCAACUCCAUCAAAUAGAUAUUCACCAUUACCACCCAUAAAAUCAAAAAUUGAUAGAGAGUUUAUUGACGACUUAAACAUGUUUAUAAAGGCUGAGCUUUGUAAAAUAAAGACAGAUGAUGAAGAGCAGAAAUAUCUUGUUUGGAAAGCUGCAUUUAAUAAAGUUAUUGAACAUGUUGUGGCUUACAGACCCAUACUUACUGCUAUCAAAAAAGAGUAUGAAGAUACUAUUGAAAUUAUUAAGACAGGACAAAAAAAUGCAGACUUUCUACAUCUUAAAUUGAAAUCAAUGGCUUCUGAACCCUCCACUCUGAGGAACUACAAGAAGAGGGCUGAUGAGCUUGAAGAAAGGAUUGUACUUAUCAAGAAAGAAAAUGAGAAACUUGAACAAGAAAUAAAAGACAUGCAAGCUUUGAAGGAAGAAAGAGAAAAACGACCUAAGACUGCAGAAACACCAAGGAGACAACUCAAAACAGACAACAGAUUUAUUCCAGGCUUAACACUAGAAGAGAUGACUGAUAUGAAAGUUCUUCAGAAAAAGUUUGAAGCUCUUGAUAGGCAGCUCAAAGAGUUAAAUAUCAGCUUGAAAACAAGAUUCCUACCAAAGACACACAAAGUUCAGCUCAAGGAAACAUUAGAUACCAAAGUGACAACUAGAGACCAACUGCUGCAUCAAAGUUUGGUGUAUAAAGCCAAAAGUCAAAGAUUAAAGAUUGCUCUGGAAGCUGCUCAGGCUUACAAUCAAAUGAAGCCACCUCAUCAAACUGUUGGGGAUGCUGUAACUCUAGCAUUUCAUCAAGCAAAUGGAACAUUUCAGGAAGAGAAAGACAAGCUGGAUAAAGAGUACGGAGAUGUUUUGGCUCAGUCCAACUCCACAGAAGAUGAUGACCCGAACAAGGAGAAGGAGGCUGAGCUAAUGUUGGAAUACAUAGAGAAAUUUAAUGAGCUGUUUGAAGAUGGGCUGUUUGAAGAGGCUGCUGUUCAUGCAGCUAACAGUCCCAAGGGGAUACUUAGAACACAAGCAACUUUAGCCAAAUUUAGAGAUGUUCCAGCAAAAGGUAAAGGAAGAUCACCCUUGCUAGCUUUCUGUGAUGCCUUAAUGUCUUCAGUGAAGGCUGCUGGCAAGAAACCUAAUGAAGCUUUGUCUCUGGACUGUGUUGAGGCAGGACUUAAUGAGAGUCGAGUAGACAUGGUGCAUCACUGGCUUGCACAGGACAGGCUGACUUUAAGUCACAAAAUGGGCAUCAUUAUCUGUGACCAUUGUACCUGUCGGCUUCCAUGUGUGUGUGAAUGUCAGUCCAUGGGUCAGAGCAUUUUUGUGAGGCUCAAAGAACACUAUGAUGCUGUCCUGGCCAUGCUGAGACAGGGCAAAGUGCAGAAUGCCUUGCAGUAUGCUAGGCACUGGCAUUGCAUCACAUCUGACAAAGUCAAUGAUGUUUUGAAAAUCAAUGACUGUCCACAGUUGAUAAUUGGUCUCCUAGCUGCUGAUGUAUUGAAACGUAAACUUUUGCUGAAUAUUACUGUAGGUAGCAUUUUGCAAGGUCUAAUGAACCUAAACAAACCUGAACUAAUAGCCACUUUAAUUGAAGCCAUAUCUGGACAGAAAACUGACCAUGAGGAAGCAACAGCUCUACCACUGUCCAGGGCUGUCUUACUGGACAGGUCCACUAAGCCAGAACAGUGGUCAGCAAUUGUACACUUUCUAGAGACAGCAGGUCAUCAUGAUGCAGCCUUACAGCUUUUUGCUACAACCUACAUCACCAACAUUGUCCAACAGUCUAGCAUCAUCCUCCAGAAUGAACAGGGGAGAAAAGGUGUCUCUUUUGCACAUACAGUGCAGACCAGGAGUGACUCUGAGGAGGAUCUAAGUGAUUCCACUCAUGGCACCACAUCCAGGGACACAUCCUCAAGAGAGAUUUCCCCAGAUCCACUAAUACCUCAAAAGAGUCAGAGGGAAUCGAUCUUGAAGAAGAAAGGUUACAGUGUCAAUGAUGUUCAGUGGAGAAAACUUUCUCCAUCUGGCAAGAGAGUGAGCCUUGCUAGCACAGUACAGUCCCCUUCUCCAAGCUUUGCUAGAACAGCAGAAGAUAAACAUGAUGAAAUUUUGAGGCCAGCUUCUAAGAUCAGCGGAAGUGUUCGGUUGAUAGACAGUGACCCCUACACCAGCAAUCCAGAGUCAGCUGGAGAAAGUGAAGCAGAGUAAACUGUUUAAAUUAAAUUGAUUUAUUUAUUGAUGUAUUUCUAAUUCUUGGUGUGUAUUUAAAAAACAAUGCUGUUCCAGUCUUUUAUUGUCAUAUUACACACUAAAUUAUAAACCCAGUUGCUAUGUAAAUAUAAAAAAAAAACAGCAGCAUUCAACUCCCCAGUGUUAAGUCUUUUUUGGCCUUUGAGCUGUAUAAUAUUCUGACACAUUUCAAA